AUGGCUACUAUGCCGGCAACACAUGGCCAUAAUGAGUCUUGUUGCAAUAUUCCACCAGUGGUCUCCGAGGACUAUGUCCCCAAAGGCACCUAUAAGCAGCUCGGUGGCAUGAACACUUAUGUAACCGGGUCGGAUGAGGCGACUAAGGGCAUCGUAUCCAUAUUCGACAUCUUUGGGUUCGCGACUCAGACCCUUCAGGGCGCCGAUAUCCUAGCCGAGAGCAAUCGAAACCAAAGCUACAAGGUGUUCAUCCCGGAUUGGUUCCAUGGCAACCCUGUCCCGAAUGAAUUGUUCCCGCCCGACACGGAGGAGAAGCAGAAACAGCUAGGCGCCUGGUUCGCCAACAACGAUCCACAUGGCGUCGCUGCUGCACUACCCGAAUACGUCAAAGCUCUCCAAGCUGCAAACCCUUCUAUCAAGUCUUGGGGCAUUCUGGGGUUCUGUUGGGGCGGAAAAGUCGUCGAACUCGUCACUUCGUCCUCGUCAAACCCAUUUACCGUUGCAGCCGUGGCUCACCCGGCGAUGAUCGAUCCUAGCAGCGCAGAGGGCAUCUCGGUGCCUUUCAUUAUGCUCGCGGCUGGGGAAGAUCCAGCCGAUGCGGUUGAACAGUUCAAGAACAAUCUCAAGGUGCCGAACCACGUGGAGAUUUUCGGUGACCAGGUCCACGGCUGGAUGGCGGCGCGCGCUGAUUUGUCUAAUGCCCGCUCCAAAGCGGAGUAUGCGAGGGGGUAUCAGACCGUACUGAAUUUCUUUGGCAAGCAAUGGCAGUGA